CACCUGUAGCUCGGACUGGUUCAUUGCCCGUGCGAAAGAUGGCCGCAAAGACUUCACGUUUCUCCGCGGGAUAAAGUGUGCGCACGCCUCGCUAGUACCAUCUAAGCCCAUUGGAUAAACUUGGAGUAUCGUCAGCGUUGAUUGGCUGAAAAGGGCGGAAGGGAAAUCAGCCAGCGAGUUGAUUGGCGUGGACAUUCGCGGGAUAGUGUUUGUGGCGCCAAGUAGAGCCAGAUUUCUUCUAGCUGGGAAACUGCGGGAUUCCUCGGGCUCCAAGUGGACUCUGUGGACACCGGCCCCGCCACAGCCCUCGGGGUGCUGAGGCCAACAUGUGGAAUAGUGGAUUCGAUGGAGGCUAUGGGAAUACUUCCUACGGAGGUGGUUACACGCAGCCCCCUGGGGGGUUCGGCACGCCUACUGCUUCUCAGGCUGAAAAGAAAUCAAGAGCACGAGCCCAGCACAUUGUCCCUUGUACCAUAUCACAGCUCCUUUCUGCCAACCUUAUUGAUGAAGUAUUUAAGAUUGGAGAGAUCGAGAUUUCACAGGUCACUAUCGUGGGAAUAAUCCGACAAGCAGAGAAAGCACCAACUAACAUUGUUUACAAAAUAGAUGAUAUGACUGCUGCACCGAUGGACGUCCGACAGUGGGUAGACACUGAUGAUGCAAGCAGUGAGAAUACCGUGGUACCACCAGAAACCUAUGUGAAAGUGGCAGGUCAUCUCAGGUCUUUCCAGAACAAAAAGAGCCUGGUGGCAUUUAAAAUUCUUCCUCUAGAAGAUAUGAACGAGUUUACCAUCCACAUCCUGGAAACUGUCAAUGCUCAUAUGAUCCUGAGCCAACCCAUCGGCCAGCUCUCAGCAGGAAGACCAUCUCUCCACCCUUCUGGAAUAGGGGAUGCAGGAGGCUUUGGGGGAAACAGCUUUGGUGGGAACAGCCUUAUGCCAGCAAAUGGCCUCACUGUAACCCAGAAUCAGGUGCUGAGUUUGAUUAAAGCUUGCCCAAGGCCAGAAGGCAUGAACUUUCAGGAUCUCAAGUCUCAGCUCCACAACUUAAAUGUGUCUGUAAUCAAGCAAGCUGUUGAUUUUCUGAGCAAUGAGGGACACAUCUAUUCCACCGUGGAUGACGAUCACUUCAAAUCCACAGAUGCAGAGUGAUUCAACAGCUGGGUCUACUUUCAUGAGAGCCUCAACUCCCCCCAAGCAUCGAUUUGGUCUAGUGACUUGGACAAGGUUUUCCCAUGGACGCUCUCAAACGCCCCCUCAGACUUUCUGCUCUCCAUCUCCUUUUGAUGCUCCAGUUAACACCAAGCAUACUUACCAGCCAGCUAGCAAAAACUUGCAGGGGUGUUUGGACUUGGUGGAGGGAGGCCCCAGAGGAGUCAGGAAAAUAUUAUUUAAAAGAGGGUUUGAAAACUUGUGUCUUAAAGCUUCCCUGCCUCAGGAGAAAGUGGGCAGGACUGGGUGUCGUGGGGUGAGCCAGGGAAGCAAGGUGAGCCUUGUUUGCAGGGUGUGGCUUCCAGGAUACUUGCAGAUGUGCUGCUCACUUCUUCAGGCACUGGGGGUGACUGGAUGGAUACGUGUGUGCCUAUCAUAGAAAUGCAUCAUGAUGCUGAAGACCAUAAGGGAAGAUCAUUAGGUAGAGUACAAAAUAAAUAUUCUAAUCUUUGGUUAACA